UAUGAAGGAGCAGCACUUACCUUCCCGCACUGCCUGUGUCACCAGUUCUUCAAGUACUACUGUGGUUGAGUCAGUGCGGCGGCACAACAGUGAGGUAUAACUCACAGUAGGUGACGUGAGUGUGCUAAACGGUGGUGGAGGGUCGUGUGCAACGUGUCUGCAACCAGCGUGCAACACGUACUUACUGUGUUUGGCAGUUCCUUUCGGGUAUCUGUUCUCAUGCCCUUCUGAACGCUUCUUUGUGUCCAACUGAAAAUGAAGUUUAAGGUUUUAAUGGUGAAAAUAAUAAAAUGAAAAUAUUGAAAUGUUUUAAUAAUAAUAAAAAUAAUAAUAGUAAUACGUUAACGACAAAAUAAUAACAAUAAACCAGUGAAUCAAAUGAAAGAAACAUUAGUGCUUUCUUACCGAGAAAGUUAGUGGGCGGCGAACCCAGGCGUCUGCCCCUCCACCAGCCAUGACGCGAACAGUACCACGCCUGGUAGCCACCGGACAACUCACUUUCCUGCAGGGGUUCUCCUGCAGGAGAGUACUAUGCUUCUUGCUGGUGUUGGUGGCAGCCCAGGAAAGACUUGCCUCGGCCACGAAUCCAACUAUACGCUCAAAUACGGACGACUCCUCAUCUUCAAAUGCAGAUAUACCAUGGUCGACAGACGACGACUCAUCUUCAAAUACAGAUAUACCAUGGUCGACAGAUGACCCAUUCUUCUACUCCCAGCCAGAACCUGAACUCAUCAUUCCCAGCUGCACCUCUAGAGUUGCUACCGACUGUUUCCUAGCCAGUCCGCGACCCAUGGGGUGGCAGGCAGCCCACACCUUCUGUCGCAGUCAUGGAGGCUUCCUGACGGGGAGGAAGGAGCUACGGCCGCUAACACACGCUUGGCGAACCAGAAACAUGACGUGGCUUGAAGAGAACCUGACCAAGCACUUUGGAUUCUUGACCUGGCCUGUGGGGAACGUCACAUUCCACGACGUGACUUGGACGGCACUCUCCCAGCACGGCGGCCACUACCAGUGGAUGUCCCAAUACCCUGCGUGUCCUGCAGCCAUGGGGGACUUCGUGCCAUGGAUGGACCCGCCUUUCCCGUGGAGCAGAGAUUGUGCCGCCUUCAACCUCCUCACCAACAGCUUCCAACUCCACCCCUGCAACAGCACCCUCAACUUCUUCUGCCUCUUGCGCACUCCUCCGUCAGAAAUAGACUUCAGUGACGUAGAGCUUCGUGUGAGGGCCAACAUGGAUGUGAGGGACGGCUGGGUUAGUGUGAGUGAAGAGGCUUUCCAGUACCUCUCUCUCACAUGCACGGCUCAUCAUAUCUCCACGGGAAGCACUCUCACCCGUCAACCACCAGUAUUCUGGAGCAAAGACGAGGUGUACAUCAGUUCCCUCACCCAAGUGGAGUUUCCUGCCCUUGUGCAUGACUCUACCAAGUCGUGGAUGGAAGAAGAGACUCACAUGGUGCUGAAGCAGGGAACCUUCUGGUGCGAGGCGUGGGUCCCCAGGUCAUCUGCCCGCUUGGUCAGCAACAAGGUGUUGGUGACGUUGGAUCAGUGGAGGGUGUUUGUGUUAGCAGCCCACCACCACCACCAUACCCCACUCACAAUUCAAGAUGCCGUCCUCCAUAUUAACCAUACCUUUGCUGCUCAGUUUCCUGACUCUGAUAAUUAUACAGUUGACCUAAUUUCUGUCGAGAAGGAGCUCACAGGAAGUGCAGAAACAGUUUUUAAAUAUCGCUACCAAGUGCAUAUUCCCAACAGGGGUGACCUCUUCACGAGAGUGCUGGAACGUUUUCAGAAUGAAAGCCAAGUCAAUAAAGGUCUCUUUGACAAAAGUGGCUACUUCAAGAUAUCCUCAGCCGCUUUCUCGUCGUACUGCUUUAAGCAAACUGUUAAGUACAUCAACGGAAAUCAAAUUGUGUGGCCAUUCAGUGUGGUAGGGAAAGUCAACCCUCUUAAUUACCGAUGUGAAAUAUCUAGCAACAGGCUACAGCCAGGUCACUGUCGCUGGAACUAUACACACGGAGCUACAAUAGACUUUGACCCCUCCAGGUGCAAGAGGUUCGAAUACUGUCCACGUAAUUACACCGGCGUUGCCGAACACAUUUGUUUCUCAUUAACCUCUCCAGAUACAUGGGAAACUGGAUUCAAGACCAUAUAUAAGAACAGCUUAGAAAGAGGCAUUCUCGAUUCCUUCAUCUUCCAUCAAACAGAUGAUGCAACGACUUCUGUUUAUAAUAUAGUGAAACAACUGUUAGAGACGAUGGGAUAUAACAGAGUGUGGCUACCAGUUAAGAGACUGGUGCCUUUGGCUCCUCUUACUUACAUGGGUCCAGGAGCAUCAGACUACCCAUACUCACAUUAUGAGGGUUCACCCCUCUUCAACAUAUCAUGGGCUCCUCGUCAUCCCCAUUCAGAUCUAGACUGUCUGGCCCUAGACAUGAAGACAAAUACAAUUUUAACGCAACCUUGUGAUUCAGACCUUCCGUUUAUUGUUCUAAUCGAUGUCCAACCUUUGCAGAAUAUUUCAAGCAAGAAUAUGAAAUUAAAUGUAUCCAAACUAAUUGAUGAAUCAAUGGCUUGUGAUAAGGGUUGGCACUCAACUCGGCUUCAAAGUGAUCAAUAUAUAUGCUUUAAAAUGUUCCUAGAUGCAGGGAAUCUUACAUGGACAGAAGCCGAUAAAUUUUGUGCAAAACAAAAUGCUCAACUUCCCUCUCCAAAUAUAGGUUUUUUAGACUGGGUAUAUAGACAAUAUUUAUACAGCUAUGAUGUCGAUGCUGUAUGGAUGAAUACAGAAAUAAAAUUAUAUGAUAAGCCAGGCAUGGAAGACUCACCAGAUGAUAUGAUUAACUGGAAGGCAGAUACAGAUUACAAACUGGAUUUCUCAGUGCUAAGAGUUGAUGGAUGGUCCAAGGAAGGGAAAGAUGUGUCCUUGUCAAAUGUCUUGUGUCAGAAGGUUCUUCCAAACGUGUUAACAACCAAAGUUAAGAUCUAUAAGACAGACAGUUUUUCAUUAUUUUUGCACAUAGAUAUUAUCAAUGUGGCAUUGCUCGAUGAUUACAUUAAUCCUCUUAGAUGUUUUGCGAAUGGUAGACCAAUUGAGCAUAGACAAAUAAAUAACUCUGAACACAUGUAUGGAAUAGAUCAUGCCAGGCAAGGUUAUUUUCAGUGUCAAACGUGGAUGCUGAGCCCAUUCCAAUCUGUGCAAUCCAACAUUAUAUUUAACACAAACAUAAAAAUGUUGACGUUUGCAGUGAGUCUUCUUCAGAAAAUAGACUACACACCUAGGCUGCAUGACUCUACAUUCACUCUUGUCACACAACAAAGGGGAAAUUCGAUGAAGUGUGUAGUUGCCUUUACGGAAAGACUUAAAGAAGAAUUUCGAAGGCUGGCAUUAUUUAAUGUGAACAUAAGUGCAGAUAAUUUCUUUUACUCACCUGCUAUACAACCACAAGGCUUAUAUCACAAUUUUCAUUUGGAAUUUGAAGUAAUUGAUGAUACCACUGCAAAGAUAACAGAGGAAGAUAUGUUUGAAAUAUUAGCAGAAAUAUUUGCAACUGAGGGAGAUUUCUCCGAGUGUUCCCUAGCCAGUAUAAAGAGUACAGUGGGUUGCGUCAGUGAUGUCACAGUGGACAAAGGCAUUAGUGAAAAAAAUCUUACUUGGCCAAAAAUAGAAGGUAGCAGCAUCGUACUGCCCAAGGAACUUUGUAUCACCUUGAGGGGAGAACCUGUCACCCGGGAGUGUGUAGGAGACUUCCUUGUUGGUUAUCACUGGGAUAUGCCCUCUGGAAGUUGUACUGGUCAGCCUUCCAAUGUCACCAAACAACUUUGGGAAAUUAACUGGGCCAAUUCAUCUUCUACAUCCAGUGUUAUAACAACUAUCUCCACUCUUACUGCCAAUGGAAGUACACUUAAACCAGUUGAUAUACAUUUUGUUGCUUCAAAGCUUCAUUCAUUAUCAAAAGAGGAUACAGUAACUGAACUUAAUUUGGAAGAGAUAGUAGAGAUACUUAAUAAUGUUAUGGAAGCUGACGGUGAAGCAUUUGAGCAUAUUCAGAGCAAAUUAAACUCUUCAAGUAUUCUCUUCGAAGCUUUCGAAAGCAUUGUCUUUAAAGUGAAGCUCCCUGAAAAUGAGGGUGACCAAAAGUCGAAAGCAUUCAGAGAACUAGUUUCUGUUGAGAGGAUAGAUUUAGAAAUAAAUUCCACUGUUAUUGGUUACAAAGCCAUGAAAGGAACGCAAGAGGAAGAAACACUGAAAAUUGGAACUAAAGUUAACCUGCAGGAUAGCGAUGCUGCAAUUAUAUUCCCUACAAACCUUACCCAGAUUGUUGCUUCUGACAAUGGUAGACUUGCUAAAAUGCAAAUUGACAGGAAGCAAAAGAUUCAGUUAACUUUUGCAGUUUACAGAAAUCCAAAACUAUUUCAAGAUAAUGAGUCAUAUCCCAACUUCUCAGUUAAUACACACAUAAUUCAAGCCACAUAUGGUGGUAAAGUUGUAAACAAUCUCAAAGAACCAGUUAAAUUAAUCUUCAAGCCUUCAAGACAUGGAAAUGAUUCAAAAUGUGUAUACUGGGAUUUCAAAAAGAAUUCAGGAAGGGGCGGAUGGUCAACUGAGGGAUGCUGGAAGGGCGAGUCUGAAGGUGACCACUGUGUUUGUUUCUGCAAUCACUUAACUUGUUUUGCUCAACUAAUGAACUAUAAUGAUGAGGCAUUCGAAGGCAUUCAUGCUGUGGUUCUUGAUAUGAUAACCAUAAUCGGGUGUAGUUUGUCAAUUAUCAGCCUAUUGCUAGUAUUCACCACAUUCUUUUUAUUCAAGAAAUGGAGACGACCAUUAAGCAAUAAGAUUCUGGUCAAUCUGUCUUUCUCUGUUUUCUGUAGUAUUGUAAUUUUUUUAGCAGGCAUCGAUCAAACCUGGAACGUGAUCUUGUGCCGGGGCGUUGCUGUUGCUCUUCAUUACUUUAUCCUCGCAUCUUUUGGCUGGAUGCUGGUUGAAGCAGUGCACCAGUACCUCAAGUUUGUCAAGGUGGUAGGCACUUACAUUCCCAGGUUUAUGUGGAAAGCCUCUGUAAGUGCUUGGGGUGUACCUGUGCUCCCAAUAAUUGUUGUUCUUGUAUAUGACAGUACAUUAUAUGACAGUGGAAAUGAAUACAAUCCUGAUGCUAAAAUCUGCUGGAUGUCCAGCGAUGGUUUCAAGUAUGCUUUCUUACCCCCUUUGGCAUUGACAAUGGCAAUCAACUUAAUCAUGUUUUGCCUCAUAAUCUAUGGUGCAACUUGUGGGCGUGUCCAGGUUACCUCAACCAUGCCAGAAAGGGAACUUUUGAUAAGCCAGCUGAGAAUGGCAAUAUGUGUUUUCUUUCUCUUAGGCUUCACUUGGGUCUUUGGGAUCCUGGCCAUUUGGAAAGGACGCUUGUUAUUUUCAUAUCUCUUCAGCAUUUUCAACACACUUCAGGGGUUCUUCCUUUUUCUAUUUCAUGUAUUUCGAGAACGUAGUGCUAGAAGGCUUUGGAAAGAAUUUCUUUCUGUUAUAACAAGGAAUCUAACUUCUUCAGAACAAGCAAAUUCUCAAAACAUUAAUUCACUGCAAUACAAACACAAUUUAGACAGCAUUAUCUACAACCAAAGAGAUAUAUCUUUCAAUCCACGCAUAUCUCCUGCUCCAAAGGACAGGGGAAGCAUUAAAUCUGCUGCUACCACCACCACUCUCCUCCAUUCUCAUACCAGUUUUAAAAAUUAUAAAAUAAAUAAAUAAAUUAUGUAUAUAUGUAUAUAUAUAUAUAUAUAUAUAUA